GUACAACUGUAUUGAUUUUGUGUCCUCGGUUGCUUUUUGUUCUGCAGACACGUGCUCCCGAGUCAGAAGGGCCUUGCACUGGAGCCAGGGAUGCUGUUAAGAGUUCACAUGAGACUCUGAAUGUAGUGGAGGAGAAGAAGCGGGCAGAGGUUGGGAAAGACGAAAGAGUAAUCACAGAAGAAAUGAAUGGUAAAGAGAUCUCACCUGGGAGUGGUCCUGGGGAGAUGCGUAAGGUGGAGCCUGUGACACAAAAAGACUCCACCUCCCUGUCUUCUGAGAGCAGCAGCAGCAGUGAGAGUGAGGAGGAAGAUGUGGGCGAGUACCAGCCCCACCACCAUGUGACCGAGGGCACCAUCAGGGAGGAACAGGAGGAGGAUGAAGAAGAGGUGGAGGAAGAGCCCGGCCGAGCAGCCAAGGUAGUAGAAAGGGAGGAAGCAGUGCCCGAAGCCAGCACAGUCACACAAGCAGGUGCCAGUGUAAUCACAGUAGAAACAGUGAUCCAGGAAAACGUAGGUGCCCAAAAGGUAUCUGGAGAGAAGAGUGUAAAUGAAGGCGGUCUUGAGCAAGACGUGGGAGAAGAAACAGAGGAAGAGCAACAUAAAGUUAACGGAGAGGUGUCCCAUGUUGACAUUGAUGUUUUGCCACAAAUUAUUUGUUGUUCAGAGGUAAAUGGGAGUCCCGAGUGGGACCUAAACUCUAGGGCUAUCUCUCAGGUGGGGGACUCCUGCCUUUCUUCUCCUCCUGUCCUCCCCAUUCUCCUUCAGCUUUUUCAGCAAGAAUCUAAUUUUUAUCUCUCUUGGGAGGAAGGGGGAAAAGCACCACUUUAUGGAUUCUCUGCCAGCUCAGCUCAGUUCAUGGUUUCUAGCUUCCUUACUGCAACUGGGUCACCUCUAGGGUAAACUUUUCUACAACCACCACAUCAUUUUUUCCUUCCUUUUCACGGUUAAAGUUUUCUUUGCAUGUUUUGGUUGUUUCCAACUGUUUUGUCUUUAGUUGCACUGCUUCCUCACACUAAAUGCUUUUUUUUUGUUGUUGGUUUAAUUACAAAAAUAUAUAUGUAAUGUUGAAAAAAAAUGGUCAGUGCGAGUGUGUGUGCUACUAUUAUGAUUGGGCUUGACAUCUAGGCUCAUUCUCUUACUCUUCAACUUCAGAUUUUUAGAAAUGACAGCAGGAUCUGAUUGCCAUGGUGCUCUGAAUGCAGUAUCCGGCAGUGAUGAGAACAUUAUUUCUUGAAUGCCACUGUGAUUUCUGUUUUCAGAUUCCAGGGAUUACAUGCUUUGGUUAAGAGCCUUUUCUUUCUUUCUAGGCAGCCAGAGGCUAGACUGUAUGAUAGGAGAAUGCCCUUCUCUUUUCAUUCUUCCAAAUGUCAGUUCUGGAUUAUUUGCAAGUUGAUUAUAUGUUUUGUGGGUUAUCUACAUUGGAUAUGAGUCUUUUCCUUUUCCUUGCAAGAAAGAACCUUUCAGAUUCAGAUUAAAUCUUGGUUACUAGGUACAGUGCCUCUCAUUUGAGAGUUAGGCUGAGGGCAGGUUUACUUCCAUUGUAAUGUUCUUGAUUCUGAUAUUAAAUGCCCACAAUAUAGGGAUUUUUCUAUAUUUUGCCCUUUGAUAAGGUGGAAAAUCUUGAAGUUACUUUGUCUUGAAAUAGUUAAGUGAAUUUUUAUUGUUGCUUUUAAACUUCCUAUUUCACUUCAGAGAAGAUAUUUUAAGAGUCUUUGAAUGCUUUGGACUAUUAUUUUCUGCAUUUAAUAUAUGAUUGUUCCUCUUUAAAUAGUCACACCCAUUGGGAAUUUUCUCGCAAAGAAAAUACUGUUGUAUUUUGGUAGUGGUAUAGUCUGAUGUUGUAUUAAACAUACAUGCUCAGCAGACUACAAUAUUGUUAAGCCAUAGAACCUCUCCUUUAAUAUUUUAAAUUAUUCAAAGCAUUAAUGCAAUAUUAACAGAAUAAUUUUAGAUACAGCAUUUUAACUCAUGUAAUACAGAAGAAACAUAAGUUUUAGACAAGUAUAAUUGAAAACAAUCAUA